CCCAUAAGCAGCAAUUCAGCACCACGGCGCCCUGGACAGCUCCACCGCCUCUCCUCCGGGACUUCCAUCUGCGCCGAAAAGUGGAAUUAAAACAACCAAAAUAAAAAAUAAUAAUAAUAAGGUUUGUGAUAAGUUUAAUCUCAAGACGCUUCAACUUGAAAACCGCCGGGGGGAAAAUGAAUAUUGAACAACCAACAAAUGUCACAUUUUUUGAUUUUGUUGGGGGAGUUCAACUUCUCCAGGGGAAAGACACCAGAACAGCCCUGCCUGUCAUCUUGAUAGGAAUUUGCGUGUCGGGAGCAGUUGGGAAUUUGCUCGUUUCGCUCAUUUUCAUCCGUGAUUUCAGAAAUGGAAGAGGCUCUGAAGUCAAAGCGCUCCUCGCCUCUCUGGCCUCAACAGACUUGGUGAUCUUGGUGCUGUGCGCCCCUGUGCGCGCCGUCACCUACUACAAGCAGACCUGGACGCUGGGGAGUUUUGUUUGCAGCACGGCGGACUGGUUCCAGCACACUUGUGUAGUUGCAAAAACUUUAAUCCUUGCAGCCACCACAAGAGCGAAACAUAACUUGGUUUCCAACACCGCUAAAGGACCGUUUUACAGCCCGGCGUGGAUUCACGGCGCCCUGGCGCUCAUCUGGAUAGUGUCGAUGAUGUUCCCGAUCCCGCAGAUGAUGUUCGCCUCUUUGCAGCCGUACGACCGCGACGCUGCCAUCUGUGUCUCUGUGAUGCCAGUGUGCGCGUCUAACUUCAUGAAUCUGUUCUACAAGAUCUAUCCAACUGCGACGUUUGUGCUGCCGUGCGUCUUCACGCUUGCCUACUACACCAAAUCCCUGCACACUGCGGUGAACCACGCACCCAGUCCUCGACAACAGAGCAAAGUCACCCUGGUUUUACUGUGUCUAAGUGGCGCUAAUGCCAUCAUGCUGCUGCCGGAGUGGGGUACGUUCACCUGGAUUAGGCUUGGCUACAACAAGCCCCCUGUAGGUUUGGUCAUCUUCGCGCAGGUCCUGCUUUACGCAUGCAGCUCCCUCUCGCCGGUCAUCUCCAUGACCAUGUACGACGACGUGCGCCAAGGACUCAUCACCCUGUGGUUCGUCGCAACCUGCAGGGGCUCAAAACAGAUCCCGAGCAACAACUGCCUCAAAACGGAGGGGAACGGAGCUGAGGUCGGAGCCAACGCCAUCGCCAAUGCCAACUGUCAAGACAAGGAGAAGACCUUCCCGGACGUGGAGCACUUCUGGACGGGGCGCAGGGAUACGCACGUCGAGGAGGAGCAAGAUCCAAUCCCGUGGGAAAAAGAGGAGAAAAUGUUAUAAUGAACAUGAUGUAUCACGUGAAUGUGUCUUCUCUUUUUUAUAUAGCAGAAUUCAGCUUGUUCUCAGUUGGUUCCAGUUUGUUGACCCUCAGUGCAGACCCUUGUUGAAAGGCUGUAGAGGCCUGUUUGCUGUCGUGAGCUUAAAUGAGAUAAUAUGUGAGAUUAUAUAAUAAACUUGUACAGUGUUAUGUUUUGUUGUUACUGCAAAUAUGCGUACAUUUCUAUGGAUUUUGACUCUUUGUUAUAGCGGGCCACUGCAAAAUGUAUCAUAGCACAACGCUGGAAGUGUAUGCUACAUGAUUUUGUUACAACUCGUUUAUGUAGGCCUACAUGUAAGUAUUCAGGACACUUGAGCAUCAACGGGUUUGUUGUGACUGUGUGUGAUGCAUAACAUGAAUAUUAAAACA